GUAUGUGCUGCGGUUGUUUUAAGAACGUUGCGACAGCUGCCGUAAAGGAGACAAUGUGCAUCAUUCUCGGCGGGAACCUGGUGUCCAUUCACAGCACAAUGGAAAAUAACCUCGUCAGACAACUGAUUUUCAAAAGCACUGGCGAAAAUGGCCCAACCUGGAUUGGAUUCACUGACGCAGUCGUGGAGGGUUCCUUUAUUUGGACCGAUGGCUCAAUUGUGGAUUUCACCAACUGGGCAAACAACCGUCCUAGCAGCAAUGGAGACCGGAACUGUGCAAUAAUCAACUUCAGAGGAGAGGAUACCUGGAACGAUAUCCGAUGCAUUCGGAGGAGACCUUUUGUUUGUGCCAGAGAUGUGAAACAUUCCCAUUAAAUCUUCCUGAGCAGUUUUUUAUUUCCACAGUUUGUGUUAGACCGCUAAGACAAUAACUUUACGCUAUUGCCACCUGUGUGCAUUAUUCACAUCGUAUUUUUUAAUUUGCUUGUGUAAACCUGCUCAGAUCAAGAACUUCUGUGUUAGACCACGGGUUCUUUCUUCCAUUUUGUCAGAAUAAUUGUGUCUAAGUUAUCACAAUUCAUUAGCGUGAAUUGAUUAACGUGGACAAGUUGAAAAACGUAUUCGGGUGUCAAUUGUACGGAAUAUGUACUGUGCAAUCUACUAAUAAAACCUU